GCCAUUUCCAUAACGUUCGUAUAUAAGCCGGCGUUUUGUAACACUUUCAAGUUAUUUCAAAUCAGACAUUCGUGCAGAGAAGAUCGUUACUUUCUGUAGUUUCAAAAUAUAUUUUAAGUCAUAAUGGCCAAAAGCCUUUUCUUUACACUCCUUGUCUUGGUGGGAGUUGCACUGUCUAGUCGAACGACAGUGGAAGCCGCCUCCGAACAACAGGCUCGUAUUGUUUGUUAUUUCAGUAACUGGGCUGUUUAUCGGCCAGGCUUGGGACGUUAUGGCAUCGAAGAUAUUCCAGCGGAUAUGUGUACCCAUUUGGUGUAUUCAUUUAUAGGGGUUGAUGACAAAACAUGGGAGGUGUUGGUCAUAGAUCCCGAGAUAGAUGUUGAACAGAAUGGUUUCCGUAAUUUUACCCAGCUACGUAAAACGCAUCCGAAUUUGAAGCUACAAAUUGCUGUGGGUGGAUGGGCUGAAGGUGGUUCCAAAUAUUCCCGCAUGGUAGCUGUGCGUGACAAUCGUUUACGUUUCAUUCGCAGCGUCGUGAGUUUUAUGAAGAAAUAUGAUUUUGAUGGUUUCGAUUUGGAUUGGGAAUACCCCGGUGCCACAGAUCGUGGUGGUACCUAUGGUGAUAAGGAUAAAUUUUUGUAUUUUGUACAAGAACUGCGCCGAGCAUUCGAUCGGGAGGGUCGUGGUUGGGAAAUCACAAUGGCUGUGCCGGUGGCGAAAUUCCGUUUGCAGGAGGGCUAUCAUGUUCCGGAGCUAUGCGAAGCCCUGGAUGCCAUCCAUGCCAUGACUUAUGAUUUACGUGGCAAUUGGGCCGGUUUCGCCGAUGUCCACAGCCCCUUGUACAAACGCAAACACGAUCAAUAUGCCUAUGAGAAAUUAAAUGUCAACGAUGGUCUUGCCUUGUGGGAAGAAAUGGGUUGUCCGGCCAACAAACUGGUAGUUGGUAUUCCCUUCUAUGGUCGUACCUUCACCUUGAGUGCCUCAAACAAAAACUACAACAUGGGCACGUAUAUUAACAAAGAGGCAGGCGGUGGUGCCCCUGGCCCCUUCACAAAUGCCAGUGGUUUCUUGGCUUACUAUGAAAUCUGCACCGAAGUCAAGGAUAAAGCCAAUGGCUGGACCGUCGAGUGGGACAAGGAUGGCAUGGUGCCCUAUACAUAUCGCGACACCCAAUGGGUGGGCUAUGAAAAUGAGGCCUCGGUACAAAUCAAAAUGGAUUGGAUAAAACAGAAGGGCUAUGCCGGUGCCAUGACAUGGGCCAUUGACAUGGACGAUUUCCAUGGUCUGUGUGGUCGUCCCAAUGGUCUCAUGCAUAUCUUAUAUGAGAAUAUGAGAAAUUAUCGUGUGCCGGAACCAACGCGCGAAACAACGCCUAGGCCUGAAUGGGCCAAACCCCCAGCAACACCACCAAAUCCUGAUGAGGGCAGUUUGGCAGUGCCAGAGGCAACAACAACACGCCGACCAAAACCCGCCACAACAAAAAGACCUGCAACAAUGGCACCAUCACCAACAGCGCCACCAACAAUGCCAACAACCAAGAGACCUAUGAAAGCAACCAAAAAACCUCUCACAACCACAACAGGAGCCCCAGUGCCAUGGAAACCUGAUCCAAUGGAACCCGAAGUUACAGUUCAAGGAAAUUCUAAUCCAGACUUAAGUCAUAUCGAUUGUAGUCACAAAGAUUUCGUGCCACAUGAAGACUGCAGAAAGUAUUAUCGUUGCGUGCACGGCAUGCCCGUCGAAUUCGAAUGCAAAGAAGGCACCGCCUUCCAUACCAUAUCAAAUGUUUGCGAUUGGAUUGAGAAUAGCGAUCGGUACUAUUGCACCCAAUUGAAGGACAAAAGAUCUGGCAAUGAUGCCUAAUACCUGAUAACGGAGCCGUGUGUGUGUGUUGACUGUGCAAAAUUGUCACACAUAUUUUUUCAGAUACAUUUCUCAAGUGCAUAAAUGUAUGUAUGGCCGUUUUACACUCGUUCUCACUCGUUCGUCUUUGUGUAUUUGCAUUUGUGUAUUUAUUAGGUUUAAUUAAAAACGAAAAACUAUUAAUUUAAAAUAAAUUACAUUUUAAGAUAUACAUAUACAUAUUUUUAAUAUGGCAUUUCGAAAUUCGAGAAAAUAAAUCAAAUCUCUAUAAGAUAAAUAAAACAAAA